AUGUUUUGGAAGCUGCCUAUUCUCUCUGCUUCUUCUCCUGUGGAGGCAAUACUAGACAAGGAGAAUUUCACAUUAGAAGAGCUUCUUGAUGAGGAAGAGAUAAUCCAAGAAUGCAAAGCUUUGAAUAGUCGUCUAAUUAACUUUUUGCGUGAUAGAGCCCAAGUGGAGCAGUUACUGCAUUACAUAAUCAAUGAACCUCCAGAAGACUCUGAAAGUCAACGAGCCUUCAAGUUUCCAUUCAUUGCCUGUGAGAUUUUCAUCUGUGAAAUCGAUGUUAUCCUCAAAACUUUGGUGGAGGAAGAGGAGUUAAUGGAUCUUCUGUUCUCUUUCCUGGAACCUGAGCGUCCUCAUAGUGCCUUGUUGGCUGGCUACUUUAGCAAGGUUGUUGUUUGCCUGAUGUUACGCAAGACAGUCCCCCUGAUGAACUAUGUUCAGGCUCAUCAGGAUGUUUUCCGCAAAUUGGUUGACUUGAUUGGCAUUACUUCAAUCAUGGAGGUUCUGGUUCGGCUAGUGGGUGCUGAUGACCAUGUGUAUUCCAAUUUUGUCGAUGUGAUGCAAUGGCUGGCAGAUAGUAAUUUGCUGGAGAUGAUCGUGGACAAGUUGAGCCCUUCUUGCACUCCCGAAGUUCAUGCUAAUGCAGCAGAAACGCUAUGUGCAAUUACUAGGAAUACUGGAUCGGCCUUGGCAACAAAACUCUCUAGUCCGAGUUUUGUUGCAAGGAUAUUCGGUCAUGCAUUGGAAGAUUCACAUUCAAAAUCUGGUCUUAUUCACUCACUAUCGGUGUGCAUCUCUUUACUGGAUCCAAAAAGAUUUACAAAUGCAUCGCUCAUGAUGCAUUCUUUCCGAAGUCAACAUAUGUACGAGGCUCCAAUUCCCGUAAAUCCAGAGACCAUAGAUGCAAUGUUGCCUCAUCUUGGUGAUUUGCUCCAGCUGUUAAAUGUAUCAUCUGAUGAGAAGAUUUUGCCCACAACAUAUGGACAACUGAAGCCUCCCUUGGGGAAGCAUCGUCUAAAGAUCGUUGAGUUCAUUGCAAUUUUGUUGAAAACUGGCAAUGAAGCUGCAGAGAAGGAAUUGGUUAGCUCAGGAACUGUUAAGAGAGUACUUGAUCUCUUCUUUGAGUACCCAUUCAAUAAUGCCUUGCACCAUCAUGUGGAAAGCAUUACAUUUUCAUGUUUGGAGACCAAGAGUGAAUCUAUGAUUGAUCAUCUGCUUCGUGAAUGUGACUUAGUAGGCAAGCUUCUUCAGACAGAUAAGAACCCUGUCAUCCCUGGUGAUCAAAAUCAGCCAACUUUACCUGCGACUGGGAAACGGCUUCCAAGGUCAGGAAAUCUUGGACAUAUUACUAGAAUUUCUAAUAAGCUUGUUCAGCUGGGAAACAGCAACAGCUGCAUUCAUACAUAUUUACAGGAAAAUAGUGAAUGGAAGGAUUGGCAAACCAUUGUGUUGCAGGAACGCAACAAUGUCGAAAAUGUCUACCGAUGGAAUUGUGGCCGUCCUACUGCACUCCAAGAUAGAACUAGGGACAGUGAUGAGGAUGACCUUCAUGAGAGAGAUUAUGAUGUAGGAGCUCUCGCAAACAACUUAAAUCAGUCAUUUAGGUAUAAAAUUUAUGGGAAUGAGGACGCUGAAGAGGAAAAUGGUGGCCUUGAUAGAGAUGAUGAGGAUGUCUACUUUGACGAUGAUUCUGCUGAAGUAGUUAUAUCAUCUCUCAGACUUGGUGAUGAGCAAAGCAAUCUAUUCACAAACUCAAACUGGUUUGUGUUCAAUGACGAGCGAGUUGGCGGUGAACCUGUCAGCACUUCUUCAGCUAUGGAUGUGAUGGAAGAGAUCAACUUGAACGGGAAUAAUGCGAACAGUGUUGGUGGUAACAGCAGUAGUGAUGACGAGGUGGUGGUGGGAGAGGAUGAAUUGACCACCGAAACCAAAGAUGAUUCAAUUUCUGCUGGUGGUGGUGCAUCCACUUCUGACGCCAACGACUUCAAUGGUUUCCCUAGUAAUGGACCAAGUCCACAGACCAAUGAUGAGACCACUGAUGCGGGCUUCUUCAAGUUCGAGACUCCAGAGGCCGAGGACUUAUUUGCAGAAAGGCCAUUGCCUGAAUGGGUAGCGUGGGGGUCAUCGGACCUACCAAUUGGCGGUUCGUCCAGUCUGAAUCCAUUCCUUGAUCAAGACACCCCUGAUGAUGCCAAUAUUUCCAAUCAAGCAGAUGUGGCUACGACCGAAGUUAGUUCUGAAGAACCUGUACUGCCAAACGGUUCCUCUCCAACCAGGGAGUCUGGCAGUGGCAGUGAUGGUUCUGCAAAGAGCGAUUCAAGUCUGAGAGCAGUCACUGCAGUGCCCUCGCUGUUCGAGGAGGACGUGGAGUUUGUAGGGGUGGAACCUGAAGGUACUGAGAAGGCGAUGGAUCAGGCUCUGAAGGAAGGGAUUGUCGGUGAAGCUGGACCAUUGAAGAGGAGCAUGGCUCCUCCGCAAUUGGCAGAGAAGGAGAACCCAGAUGAUGGUAAGGAGUUCAACGACGCCAACUAUUGGAGGGUUGAUCAAGAGGUUGCCGUUAUCGAGUGA